AUGAGACCAGUGAGGUUAUCCGCAGCUUCGGCUUUCCGCAGCCGUCGCUAUGCACCUGCGCUGCGGCCGUCCUGGGUCUGCCCCUCGUGCAGUCAUGGGCAGACCUUGCGACGCUUCGUGAGCUCCGAUAGCAAGGACGACAAACCGUACUAUGUGACGACGCCGAUUUUCUAUGUCAAUGCAUCACCGCACGUCGGCCACAUGUACUCGAUGCUGCUCGCCGAUGUACUCAAGCGCUGGCAGACGCUCAAAGGUCGACCCGCGAUCCUCUGCACUGGCACUGACGAACAUGGAUCCAAAGUGCAGCAGGCCGCAGGUAGACAGGGUGUCCCGCCCAAGGAGUUCUGCGACACCACAGCAGAGAAGUUCCGUGAUCUCGCACGCGCAAUUGGCAUGGACAACGAUCAUUUCAUCCGCACCACCGACCCGGAUCAUAAGGAGGCUGUGCAGCAUUUUUGGUUCCUGCUCAAGGAGAAGGGAUACAUCUACGAGAGCAAGCACGAGGGGUGGUAUUGUGUUAGCGACGAGUGCUUCUACGCUGCGAACGAGGUUGAGAAGACGUUAGUGCCUCAGACGGGACGGACUGUCAUGGCCUCGAUUGAGACGGGCAACGAGGUGGAGUGGGUCGAGGAGAAGAACUACCACUUCCGCAUGACAGCGCUGAAAGAUCGGCUGCUGAAAUUUUACGAGGAGAACCCCGACUGGAUCGUGCCGCGGGCAAGGAUGAAGGAAGUCGUGGCGUGGGUGGAGAAUAACCUCGAGGAUUUGUCGAUAUCCAGGCCUGUUCAAAGACUGGACUGGGGUGUGCGCGUGCCAGACGAUCCCUCGCAGACGAUUUAUGUAUGGGUGGACGCGCUCAUCAACUAUCUCACCAAGGCUGGGUUUCCCGGGUGGCAGCCUGGAAGGGAACACGAAGAGGGCUGGCCGGCGGAUGUUCACAUCAUCGGUAAGGAUAUUGUACGAUUCCACGGAGUUUACUGGCCUGCGCUUCUCAUGGCGCUGGAUCUGCCGCUUCCGAAGCAGCUUCUCAGCCACGCGCACUGGACAUUGGGGAAGAAGAAAAUGUCCAAGUCUCUCGGCAAUGUAGUUAACCCCUUCUUUGCGGUCGACCGUUGGGGACUGGAUACGAUGCGGUACUUCAUGAUGCGCGACGGUGGUAUCGAGAAGGACGCCGACUAUGAGAACUCGCUCAUCGUGGCGCGUUACCAGAAGGAUCUGCAAUCAACGGUAGGAAACUUGAUGAACAGAGUCGCCAAGAGCAAGAAGUGGAAGCUCAAGGACUCGGUUGCAUGGGCAGAAGAGAAUGUUGUUUCUUUUGGACGCAAUGUCCAGGGGAGUGAGGCUUUGAAGGCGUUGAUCAAUGAUGCGGCGCCUACGAUGUCGAAGCACAUGGAUGAGUUGAAUCCCAACGCUGCUAUUCGCAGCGUGUUGAACGUCCUUGUUGAGGCAAACAAGUACAUUUCCGAGACUGCACCGUGGAAGCUGGCUAAUUCAAAAGACCCCAAAGACAAGGCUGCGCUCCAUGAAAUCAUCUUCUACACCUCAGAAGCUGUGCGCACAGCUGGUAUUCUCCUCCAGCCCGUCAUGCCCACCAAGAUGGCCACUCUGUUGGACAUGAUUGGUGUUGAUGCGGGCAAGCGCACAUUCCAAGACGCUGCGUUUGGCACAGAUCUGACCUAUGGUACGCCGAUAGUCGAUCAGGGCCGACCAGGAGAGUGGAAUGCACUUUUCCCGCCACAGCCUGCUGAAGGUUGA